UGAACUGUGAACUCAUGAGAACAAUACAUAGUGAGGCUUUUGUCUAAUAACUCUUUUGACAGGUUUGUUGAAAGUUAGUUAAAUUGGUUUCCUUCGUUUCAUCGACAUUUACUGCAUUUUUUCGUCUAUCUCUCAAGUACAAUGGCGUCAUUGACGGUAGUACCUUACGCCAAGAUCUCUGCUCCAAACCAGCGGGUCGGAUCUAUUCCUGGAAUCCGACGGCAGCCUCAGACAAAUGGGAUCUCUUUUCACGUCUCCCAUAAUCAAUCUACAACAUGGAGGUUGCGUGCGACAACCAAUGAGGUUGUCUCUAACUCUACACCCGUGACUAACGGUGGGUGUUUGAACGGAAACGUCAAGACGAAUGUUCCUCCUGAACCCGCCACCGAGCUCUCCUCUGACUUUAUGUCUAAAGUCUCUGGUCUUCUUAAGCUUGUGGAUUCAAGAGAUAUAGUGGAACUUGAGCUGAAGCAGCUCGACUGUGAGAUUGUUAUUCGAAAGAAGGAAGCUUUACAGCAGCAACCAGCUCCAGUUUAUCACUCCAUGAUUCCUCCUCCUCCAAUGGCAGGCCUUCCAGUGCCUUCAUCUCCAUCAGUGUCUCCUCCUACUCCCUCCUCAGCCCCUGCAACAGCAACUGCCCCAUCAUCUUCUCAUCCUCCACUCAAGAGUCCUAUGGCUGGUACUUUCUACAGGUCUCCUGGACCAGGUGAACCCCCUUUUGUCAAGGUCGGAGAUAAGGUGCAGAAGGGUCAAGUUGUUUGCAUUAUUGAAGCUAUGAAACUGAUGAAUGAGAUUGAGGCUGAGAAGUCGGGAACCAUCACUGAAUUACUGGCUGAAGAUGGAAAACCGGUCAGCAUUGAUACGCCUCUGUUUACCAUCGUACCUUGAAAUGAAGAAGCUGUGGUUCAUAAAACUCUUGGUUUUAUCUAUACCGACGUGCUGACAAUCGUUAAAAAGUAAUUAUUUCGGUCAGUGUUUUGAUAAGACAUGUGUUCCUCACUCGCCACAUUAAUAUCAGACAACUGCAGAGAACAAUCGCAUCAAUGUCAUUUGGGCUUAACUAAAAGCCCUUGAUCAGUAUGGAGUAUCAUAUACUAAGUUUGACUAGAAUAGCUCAAUGCGUCGACCCUUAGCUGCGUGAUAUAUGAAAAUAAAACGAAGCUCAUAAGCUGAUAGACACUGAUACCAUUUACUGAACAAUGAGAAGCAAAUAAGCUUGAUAGAGAA